AUGAUUCCGAUUGCAAGACACUCCGCCCUGCGGGCCGUCCGGUCGCAAUUCCAGCCAUCGCGGGCCUUCAAUCAACCUACAGCCUCCGCACUUGCCCGCCUUCUCUCCACUUUAGCCGUGCUUGAACAGCGUGAUGGCAAGCUCCAGAACUCUUCCCUCUCAGCAAUCGCCGCGGCGCAAAAGCUUGGGGGACCAGUCACAGCGUUCGUGGCUGGCGCAGGCGUGAAGGGAACUGCUGCUGCCGAAGCAGCUAAGAUCAAGGGCCUGGACAAAGUAGUGGCGGUGGAGAACGACGCUUAUGAAAAGGGGCUGCCCGAGAACUACGCUCCUCUUCUUGUGGAGAAUAUCAAGAAGGGCGAAUAUACCCACAUCAUCGCGGGGCAUUCUGCCUUUGGAAAGAGUCUCUUGCCUCGUGUUGCGGCUCUGCUCGAUGUGCAACAGAUCUCCGAUAUCACAGCAAUUGAGAGCGAGGACACUUUUGUCCGCCCAAUCUACGCCGGAAACGCCAUCCUCACCGUUCAAUCGACCGAUCCCAUCAAGGUGAUCACAGUCAGAGGCACUGCAUUCCAGGGUACUGAGACCGAGGGCGGCUCUGCCGAGGUCGUCGAGGGAGCUGACCCCAAUGCUCCCGCUCAGACCGAGUGGGUAUCUGAAGAGCUCGCCAAGUCCGAGCGCCCUGAUCUGGCUACUGCCUCUCGUGUUGUGUCUGGUGGUCGUGGCCUGAAAUCGAAAGAGGAGUUUGACCGCAUUAUGGUGCCUCUUGCCGACGCAUUGGGAGCUGCAAUUGGUGCUUCCCGCGCUGCGGUUGACAGUGGUUUCGCCGACAACAGUCUCCAGGUUGGCCAGACAGGCAAGAACGUUGCGCCUCAGCUCUACCUGUGCGCUGGUAUUUCGGGUGCCAUCCAGCACCUUGCUGGUAUGAAGGACAGCAAGGUCAUUGCUGCUAUCAACAAGGAUCCCGAUGCUCCUAUCUUCCAGGUUGCUGAUGUCGGCCUUGUUGGCGAUCUUUUCGAGAAAGUGCCAGAGCUUACCGAGAAGCUGAAGAGCCAGGCGUAA